CACCACACCCCCUUCCAAAAACUACAAUAACCAUAUUUUUAUGCUCCCCCACCCACAUGGGUCCAUUUUAGACCUUAAAAUAAUUGAUCGUUUUUUUCCAAAAAACUCACUGUGCGAGAGGAAGCACAUUCAUAUCGAAAUCUACAAUAUCUGCAUGAAUGAAUAUUUACAUAAGACUCGCGUGCUCGAUCGCCCCCUUUGUUGUGCUGCUCCAGAGAUUCUCUUUGCGUGAGAUUUUAAAAGGAUAAUCAUCAGUGUGUUUGCUUUCUCUUUAAAAAAAUCUUUGUUGAAAAUUGUAAACAAGAAAUUAAGUUGAAUUAUAAUCGACAAGAAUGGAGAAUGUCUAUGAAAAUGUCAAAAAGGAGCUGAAACCACAAGCAGUAAAAGAUGCAUUGGAAUUGAUGUGGAGCCGAAUAAAUGAGCCAGAUAAUUUGGAUAAAAUAAAUGGAGCAAAAGAGGAAGCAGGCAACGAUAUGAUUGAAGUUAUGAAAUUGGUAUUUCCACUUGUUGUGGACAUUCAAGUAGAAGCUGUGGGUAAAUUUGGAUUUCCUAGGAAUAACGAUGGUUUGCGAGAUUUCCUAGUCCGAGCCAAUGAAUUACUUGAAAAUGAUAAGGACAUUUCCGAUAUGUUAAUUCGUAUUCGAUCCAUUUAUCUUCCUUCUUAUGCAUAGUUAACCUGUUUAAUGAUUUUUUAGUAAUGAUUUUUUAUAAGUAACAAUAAACACGCAAUUACUUGUUGUAAUAGUUAAAAA